AUACAAAAGAAAACGACACAAAACAAUUGCAAUUUGUUAUUAAAUUGUGCAAGAGUGCAAUGCAGUUGGCGAAGCCGCUAAUUAUUAACACUAUUAUUAAGAAUACAUAUAUAUAAAUAUAUAUUUAUAUAUAUAUAUGUAUAGUCGAUGUAGGCAUGGUGGAGACAACAAAUUUUGGCAACUUGGCUUCUUACACUUAUCUGCUUUUGACGCUCAAUUUGACGCUCGCCUUAAUUGUAAUGUUCUUCAAUUGUUUGUGCUGCAAGAAAAGAAUACCAAAAAAUGAUUUUCUUGGACUGGAGGGCAUGGUGAAGCUAAAGAAUCCCGAUGACAUCAUCGUGGUGAGCAACAAUAAUGCGAACAAUGCAAGUGCGGGCAAUGCCAACACAAGUCUGGUGCACAACAGUGAAUCACAGGCGGAACUCAAUGCAUCCACUGUCUCAAAUGCUGAUUCAGAGAAGAGAUCGAGCACGGCGGCACAUCGCAGUUUGCCGGACAUUCCCGUCGCGGAGAGCAACGAUAAUGGCUCCGAACUGUAUGAAACUGUGGCGGACAAGCAGCUGGCAAAUGCACACAAUCAAAGUCCUCAACCGAGUCUUAAGAAACAGGCCAGCGUUUCGCAGCACAGCUCGAUCAGUCAAGCGGAUGAUGUCAGUUCGCCGUAUUCCCGCGUCAAGGGUCUGCCGCAUGAUUAUGCCAAGGUGCGUGCCACCGAGCAUCCGUAUGCCCAGCUAAAUGCACCGUCCACAUCGAAUGCACUUGCUGCAGCUGCUGCUAGUGGUGGUUCGGCAGCGGCAGUGGCAGCUGCCACAACCAAAAAUGCUUCGAGCGGCAGCAAAGUUGCGUGUUCCGAUUCCUUGCAUCGCGGCUCACAGCUGAGCAGCGGAUCCUCACAGCACCUUAACGAUGAGUCCAGUUCACAGGUGGAAAUUCCAGCUGCCUCGGCUAUAGCGGGCAUGAUAUCCGCUAGCCAGGAUUUGCCUUACAUGACGCCACCGAUUGCCAAUCAACAUUUUAGCGGUGAUUCACAGGACUCGUCCAAAGGCUAUACGAGCAUCAGUGUGCGGGAGCCACUGGCCAACAUACUCGCACAGCAGCCAGCAAACAAAUUGACGGCCAGAAGUGUCACCCUGACUCGAGAUGUGAAUGAUUCGCACUAUGCAACAGUCUCGGAUGAUUCGGAUGAAACGUAUGCGGCUAUUGAGGAUCCUAAUAAUCGACACAUUCUACAUGCCACCGAUAUUUAUACGAGCGGUUCGGAGACCUAUGCCCAAAUCCAGCCAAUGCCCGCCAAUCCCAUUGUGGUCGCCGUAGAGAUCAACAAUAGCAGUAGCAUUUCCGCAGAACCCAGCACUGCCGGAAGCAGCUCAGCAGCGCAGCGUGCGAGCAGCAGCAGCAUGGAGCAUGCAAUGCCCGUGCCACCAAAUGUGGACAGUUUGCGUGCCCAGAUGCAUUCGCGCCAAGCCUCAUCCUCCUCGUCCGUUUGCAAUCUGGGCUCACCGAAGCCGGAAAAACGGCAGGCGAACUCACCGUUGCCGCCAACACCAAAAGCCAGCUUGGGCAGCAGUAACCUCACCUCCGGACGCAGUUCAGUUAUAUCCGUCAUCGAAGCCGCGGGCAACGAGGGCGGCAACAAUGAUGCCAACAAUGAGGCCAGCAAUGAGGCAUCGCCGCAACGCAAGCACAGCAAGAGUCUGAGUCCAUCCAAAGAUGUCGAUGGAGGGAGCAAUCGAAAUAUUGAGGGCAUGUAUGCCAAGGUCAUGAAGAAGCACAAAUUUUCCUCACAUCAGCCGGAGCUGCUGGGCAUUAGUCCUUUGGAUAGCGCUGCAGCGGCUCUGCUGAUGGACACACAAAAGUCAUCAACUGCUGCUGCUGCUUCUGCUGCUGCUGCUGGUGACAAGAGUCGCGUGCGUAGCAACAGUUAUACGGCCAAGGAUCACGGCUACGAAACGAUACCAGCGGAUGGUGGUGGUGCACAGAAGCACUCCCAAAUGCAGCUGUCCCACGAGAAUCGGAAAUCGGAUUGCUAUGCGGCCAGCAUGCUGCAAAAGGAGCGACUACAGGAAUCAGCGGCGUCGGAUCAGAGGACGCCACACAACAAUAGUAGCCAGGUGACAACCAUAACAAUGCCCAGCAACAGCAUAAAGCACUACGAGACUAUAAAUUGCCCACCGUGUCAGGAGGAGACGAACAGAAGCAAGAACAGCCACAGCCACAGCAACAAUGAUCCUGGCUACGAGCAACUGCAGCAGACGGCGACGAUUCACAGCAAUGAUGACGAUGCCAAAAAGUCUGAUUAUGAUCCCAACUAUGAGGUGCUCAAGAGCCGCGCCCAUUCGGAUGAUGGCUAUGCCAAGGUGCUGGAGAAGAAGCCAAGCAGUGGUGCUGAUGUGGUCGAUGCCAGCGGUGGCUAUAGCACCAUACCCGGUGCGGAUGCCAAUCACAAUUAUGCCAGUAUAUUGGAAACGAAGCAAGCAAACAAUGAAACCGAUCAUUAUGCGAGGAUUGCGGAGAAUACGUUGCCCGAUCCCCAACUGGCAGCCAUCAAUUCACCAAACUCCACUGCCUCGUUGAUCAACAGUCUGUCCAUGAUUACAGUGACCACCAGCACCAGUAUGCUGAGCAGUCUAAGUUCCCAGCAGCAGACGCCACAUUCAUCGCAAUAUGAAUCGCUAAGCGAAACGGAUCCCAACUAUGAAUCGGUUUGUUAUUUAAACACCACAACAACAACUGCAACAACAACUGAAGCGACCACAAAUAGCAGCAGUAACAACGACAGUAACACCACAAGCAGCAUCAGCAGCAGCAACAGCAAUAAUACAGAUCCUGGCUACGAGCGACUCGAGCAGUCAGUCACAAGUAGUCCGUUGAGCAACGAUCAGCAGCUGGUCGUCGAUGAUUAUUUUCAGGUGUAA